CGCGCUGUAAAUAAACCAGUGACAGUUCGAACAUGCGACCUGGGCACUGUGGGCCGCUCCACACUCUUUGUGUCAGUUUCAAUUGGUGUUGUUUUCAUUUAUGGCGGUUUGUUUACAUUUCGUUGCGGUUAUCAUCAGGUUUCCGUGGUUCGAUAUUCGGUCGAGCUUUCUUUUCGUCAACCUCAUCGUGACGAUCGUGGUGCUCGGUGGACUGUUGGCAACGAUCGAAAAGCAUCUCCCCACUGCCAUCCGGCAGACGUUUGCUGCCCUCUGGUCGGUGGCCGGAUUUGCCGUCAUGAUGUAUCCCAGCGAAUCGUUUCAGUCCCAGCCAUCCUCCAACCUAAACCUAGCCGUUUCUAACGCAUAUGAGUCGAUAGAACUACCUUCCCGUGAUCGCUCUCUCGAGUAUAUUUGUGUGCGCGUCGCCUGCAAUAACGCACAUCUGUACGUCAUGGCAUGCUCGCGACCGCUGUACGAGAUGAAUCCCGAAGGAAGUGCCCCAAUCGCGCCGAAGACGACUCCCCACGCGCCACCGGCACACGUCAAAGCGGAGCACGAGGAAAGGCAUGUGGUUUCAAAAAUCAGUUUUCCUAAUUUCGAUGUGGAUGAUGUGGACACAUGGUUCCUUUGCCUGGAAGCGGCUUUCAACGUCAACGACGUAAAAUCGGACAAGCAGAAAUUCAAUACGGUCAUCGUGGCGCUCGGCAACCGAGCCAAAUACGUUUACACUGCCAUUGCAAAGUGUAACAAAAGUGAGAAUAACGAUCGUUACAUCACGAUGAAAAACGCCCCAGCGCAGGACUACGUAAUCGCCUUCCUCGAUACGUUGGCAACCAACAAGCAUAUGGUGCGCACCACACCUACCGAGACGAUGGUUGCCAUGACGCUGAUCACGCUGCAGUGUUUGCGCCGGUUCCACAAGACCUGGUUCGUGCAGGUGUUCUCGAGCAAGCUGAAAAUCACCCACCAGUGGUACGUGGAACACUUUCACAACUAUCCGAAGCAAGCUCGUCAGGAAAGCACUCGUCCCGUUCGUUCUGUGAGAUCGACGGUGAGGGUGCGGAUAAUAUCGUUCCGGUUGUUGGGCUUUUUUGAGGAUCGAAAAAAUGGUAUGGUUUGUGUCCGGCUUUUUUUUUAGGUUGCUGGUUCCCGGCUGAUGGGAUUCAGCUGGUUUUCCUGGAUCGUCUGUGAAUGCCUUGUUCCACGGACUGGUCGUCGAUGCACUCGAGGUGCACCGCAUUGACGAGCGGCAGUAGCAGGAUUCAAUCGGCGCGGCCGAGCUGGCAGCGAAGCCGUUUCUCGGUGAGCCAUUCACGCCGAAUGAGGGCGGUUAAGA